AUGAUGGCAGCAGCAAAUUUCAGCGAUUUGUAUGUAGCAUGUUGUAAAGGUGAUAUAGCUGUAGUCGAACGGUUAUUACCAGUUACUUCAUUGAAAGCUCUCAAUCAUGUUGAACCAGAUGGAAAUACUUGUCUUCAUGCUGCUUCUUCUCGUGGUUAUAAAAAUAUUGUUCGCCUUCUUCUUACAAAAGGAGCAUGCCGUCGUGUACAAGAUCGAGAUGGUCGUUCACCUUUAGAUGCAGCACGAACAGGAGAAGUUGCAAGACUUUUUGCUCGUUCGGCAGAAGCAUCACAACAACGCUUUAGUACUAGUCCAGCUCAACAACCUGAAUGGCAAUUCGCGAACGAUAAUGCUGAAUCAUUUUCGCGUGCUUUUCAUUGGGGAUGUAUUAAAGAUCGUGGCAUUAAAAAAACAGUUAAAAAAAUUCAAAAAGCACACGUUUUAGACGAAGACCGAAGCGCAGCAACUGAAGUUGUAGAAAAUUAUUUUAAAGAUGCAUUAGAAGAAAAAAAUCCAUUACAUUUACUUAAAGCUUAUACUGUUGAAAGUUCAUUUUAUAAACAACUUAAUCGUGAAAUGGCUACUGGAAGUAGUCGAAAAGUAUUUGAAAAAUUACGUGGAAAAUGGACUGGUUAUUAUACAGGUAUUAUUGCGAAAAAUCCAGCAUUUGAUCGUUUUCGUUUUUCGGGACAAACAUAUCGUGGAAUGGAAAUAACUCGAUCUGAUUAUGCACAAUAUAAAAUUGGUACUGCAUUAUCAAAUAAAUCAUUUCAAUCAACAUCAAAAUCAUGGAAAAUUGCCAAAGGCUUUGCUUGUCCAUCACAUCCAAGACCUGAAAGAUUACCUGUGGUUAUUAUUUUUACAAUAGCCGAUCGAAGAUCUGCAUUGAAUAUUGAAGAAAUAUCAGAAUUUCAAUAUGAAGAAGAAGUACUAAUAUUGCCCGGUACUUUAUUUAUAGUAGCCAGUAUCAAUCAAGAUCAAGUACCUUAUGAAAUUGAAUUAGAACAACUUCCAUGGAAAGAUGAAUUUUGA